AUGGCCUCUACCCGGUCGAGCGCCGACGAAGGCGAGAUUGUCGAAGGGCACCGCGCCGAACAAUCCAAGGCAAAGACACAUGCUGCUCCGGCGGCUUCUGCUCUGCACCGUGAUGGGAACCGCCCCAGUGUUGACCGUCGCGACAGAAACCAUCGAGGGCGAUCACCACGCUCGCCCGAGAGACCGGGCGCCGGAGCCGGUGUCCCGUAUCGCAACCUGUCUCCGCGAGGUCUGAAGCGACAGCGAGACGAUCGGAAUCGUGAUCGCGACCGCUGGGACAAUAGACGUGGCGGCCGGCGGUAUGAAGACGAAUCAGUGCGUGACCGUCGCGACCGUGAACUUCGAUAUGACGACACGGGCAACAGAGGAAAGAGACAGCGCACCCGCAGCCGCUCUCCGCCUCCGCCAGCCGACCGUGGAAACAAUGGCCGGGGCUGGAACGACCGCAGUCGACAAGACCGUGGACGUGACGGCGGACGUGACGGCGGCCGCGACCGAGACUGGGGCGACCGUUCUGGUCGGCGCCCGUACGAUGUGCACCAGGCUGAGUCUGUCCCGGGCCAGGGUCCCCAGCAGCGCAGUGCCCGUUCAGCCGCAGCUGCGGCGGGACUUGCAGGAAAUGGAGUUGCUAAAUCUGUCAAAGGGGUCUCAUUCCACCUGAGCGGCGAGUCCGGUCCUGUCCGUCCUGGAAAGGAAUUGCCCGUGCCGCAAGAUUGGGCAGAACCGGAGCCCAUUGACGAGGAAGCCGAGAUCCGGCGCCGUCGACAGCGCCGAGAGGAAAUCCUGAAAAAGUCUCGCGCCUCCACCCCUCUGCAAGCGGUAUCCAUCCAGGCUGACAAGGCGGCCGCACCCACGGCCGUCGAGUCUAACACGCAGGUGAAAAGUCCGGAGACGGGCAAUAACACGCCUCGUUCAGGUGAGACGCCCAAGCAGUCUGUCGCCGUCGAGGACGCCUUUGCUGACAGUGCCAUAGUCGAUUCUUCCCUGACAAGGGGCGAGGCUGCGGAGUCGGAGGGGCUGCUUGACCUUGCCGACGACCGCGCAUUUAUGGAUGCGCUCGGGAAGCACGCCAUCGGCGACGGUCCCGACGUCGAGGACGGGCCGUCCGCGGCCGACUACGACCCGACGGUCGACAUGGAGAUCGACGAGCGACGGGACGAACUUCGCCACGGACUCACAGCGGCGGUCGAGAUGGACCUGAGCAGCGAAGCUGCAGACGUGACCGCACCAGACACCGGCAACAACGAUGGUGGAGACGACAGCGACGAGGACGACAUGUUUGCGGAAGACUUUGUGGAGAAGAAGUAUGUGGCACCCACGACGACAGCAAACGGGACGGCAGAUACGGCAGCAGCCAAGGACGCAGCCGCUGCAGCAGCGCCAGCCAACGGCGGAGGCAUCCUGGAGGGCGACGACCAGCAGGGCUACUACAAGAUCCGACCGGGCGAGGUGCUGGACGGACGAUACCAGGUGCUGACGGCGCUAGGUAAGGGCAUGUUCUCGGGAGUGGGGCGAGCGCGAGACAUUGCGAGCGCAGACGGCAAGCGAGAGGUAGCGAUCAAGAUCAUGCGCAACAACGAUGCGCUGCGCAAAGGCGGCUACACGGAGAUUGCCAUCCUGGAGAAGCUCAACGAGGCAGACGCGAACGACAAGAAGCACAUUGUGCGGUUUGAGCGGGCGUUUGACUACCGCGGACACCUGUGCAUGGCGUUUGAGAACCUGUCGAUGAACCUGCGCGAGGUGCUGAAGAAGUUUGGCAACAACGUGGUAAUCAACCUGACCGGCGUGCGCGUGUUUGCUUACCAGAUCUUCGUGGCGCUGGCACACAUGCGGCGUUGCAGCAUCAUCCACGCGGACCUGAAGCCGGACAACAUCCUCGUUAACGAGACGCGCACGGCGCUUAAGAUCUGCGACUUGGGCACGGCCAUCGACCGGUCCGACGCCGUCACGGCACACAACGAGAUCACGCCCUAUCUCGUCAGUCGUUUCUACCGCGCACCCGAGAUCAUCCUCGGCAUGCCCUACGACCAUGCCAUUGACAUGUGGUCCAUCGGCUGCACCCUCUACGAGCUCUACACCGGAAAGAUCCUCUUCGCCGGCGAGAGCAACAACCAGAUGUUGCGCGCCAUCAUGGAGAUCCGCGGCAAGAUCAGCGCAAAGCUGUACCGUCGCGGCGACCUCUGGCCCAUGCACUUUGACGACAUGGGCGGCUUUCUCAGCCAGGAGCACGACAAGUUCCAGGCCAAGACAACAGUCAAAACGCUCACGGUGAUCAAACCGACACGUGAUCUUCGCACUCGCCUCUUGGCCGCUUCGGCUGGCAUGGACGACGCCGAGACCAAGGAACUGAAUCAGUUCCACGACCUGUUGGACCGCUGCCUCAGCCUGAACCCGGACAAGCGGAUCCUGCCUGGCGAUGCGCUCAAGCACCCAUUCUUCACCCAGCGGUCAGCUCGGUAA